CUACUUUAUAAUGACAGACUAUGACGAGGCGACCUCGUUCCUGGGAGAAUGGGGCCGCUACCAGUUUAUGAUUUUCUUCUUGCUCAGCGCCAGCAUCAUCCCCAAUGGCUUCAAUGGUAUGUCUGUCAUGUUCCUGGCUGGCAUCCCCGAGCAUCGGUGCCACAUACCGGAGAGCGCCAACCUGAGCGCCGCUUGGAGGAAUGCGAGCAUCCCCCGGCAGGACGGGCAGGACAGUCAGUGCCGGAGAUACCGGCUGGGGACCCUCACUAACUACUCGGCUCUGGGGCUGCUCCCCGGGCGGGAUGUGGAUGUGACUGGGAUAGAGCAAGAGCCGUGUCUGGAUGGCUGGAACUACAGCAAAUCCCUUUACCUGUCAACUAUCGUCACUGAGUGGGACAUUGUGUGUGAAAAUGACUGGAAGGGACCAUUAACAACAUCAUUGUUUUUUGUUGGUGUGCUACUUGGUUCAUUUGUUUCCGGUCAACUAUCAGACAGUUUUGGAAGAAAGAAAAUUCUUUUUGUGACCAUGGCUAUACAGACUGGCUUCAGCAUUGUACAGGUUUUCUCUACUAGCUGGGAAAUGUUUGCCAUUCUUUUCCUCAUUGUUGGAAUGGGUCAGAUUUCCAACUAUGUUGCAGCUUUCAUAUUAGGGACGGAAAUUCUUGGCAAGUCUGCUAGAAUCAUCUUUUCUACCUUGGGUACAUGCAUAUUUUUUGCAAUUGGCUACAUGAUGUUGCCACUGUUUGCUUACUUCAUUAGAGACUGGAGAACACUCUUACUGGCUCUCACUAUUCCUGGUCUAUUCUGUAUUCCACUGUGGUGGAUUAUACCAGAAUCUCCACAGUGGCUCAUCUGUAAGGGCAGGCUAGAGGAAGCAGAAGUCAUCAUCCGAAAGGCAGCAAAGAUAAAUAGAGUCCCAGCCCCUGCUGUCAUAUUUAAAACUACUGAACUGGAAGAUAUAGCAGAACGGCAGAAGAGAAGCUACACGCUUCUGGAUCUUGUGAAGACCUUUAACGUUCGCAUCAUCACAAUAAUGACUGUAUUUCUUUGGUUGAUCACAUCUAUUGGAUAUUUUGGUAUUUCACUGAACACCCCUAAUUUACAUGGAGAUCCAUUCUUAAAUUGCUUUCUUCUUGCUGCCAUUGAAGUUCCAUCAAACAUUUUCGCCUGGUUGCUUUUAAGAUACAUAUCAAGACGUUAUUCAAUGUGCGGUUCCUUGCUGCUAGGUGGGGUUGUUCUUCUUCUCAUUCAGCUGGUCCCUCUAGAUCUUCAGAUCUUAUCUACUGUUCUGGUUAUGGUGGGGAAGUUUGGGGUCACAGCAGCUUUUUCCAUGGUGUAUGUUUACACAGCUGAACUUUACCCUACCGUAAUUAGAAACACAGGUGUUGGAAUUGGAUCAGUGUCAUCCCGAAUAGGAAGCGUCAUUUCUCCAUAUUUUGUUUACCUUGGUGCUUACAAUAGAUUGCUGCCUUAUAUUCUCAUGGGGAGUCUGACUGUGGCUAAUGGAAUCCUGGUCUUAUUCUUCCCAGAAACCUUUGGGAAACCCCUCCCAGAGACGAUUGAGCAGACACAAAGCAUCAAAGGGUUAUGCUGCAGAAGAAAGAUACACAGAGAAGAUAUUGCAUACCCAGAAGUCAAGAAAAACUGUAUUUUGAUCAACACAAAGUUAUGAUGAAAGACAUCUGCCAUUGUGCAGAGUCUUAAUUAUCAUGUGAAAGUCUGAAACAUUCCAAAAAAUCCUGGACAGUUCUUUAAAAGGGCUUCAAAGAAUCUUAAACCAUGGCCUAAGGAACAAAACUGAGAACACUUGAAUUUUUUGGACAGUUAAUGUUUAUUUUUAUCACUCUAUUUUUUUUAUUUGGGUUUCAUGGAGUAGAAGGUGAAACAAAGGGUUUGAGGGUAGCUGUUUCACUCUCAAUUUCAAAUAGCUGUUAAUCUGACUUAAAAAAUCAGAAAUCUCUUUGGAAGUUACUACUUUGGAAAACUUUUUCAAGUUUUAUUGGACAUGGAAUUACAGUGGAUUUAAGUUUGUUUUCCUGACACAACAGAAAAAGACUCUAAUGUAAGAGUGAAAUAACAGUAGUGAUUUUAAAUAAUUACAAUGAAUACAACAACAGAUAUAACCUAUUGCAUAACUGAUGCUCCCUUGGCAGCAAUUCCAGCCUGGCAAAACUGCUUAUACUCUCAGAUUAAACUGGGGCCAUGAGGGAACUGCCCUUUUUCAGCCAUAAAUUCCUCUGUUGGAUUGAGAUUUGGAGUACCCUGGAAGAUGCAGAUAUAUAUAAGCCAUUCUUGUAGUUUUGCCUUUAUGCUUGGACUCAAUGUCUUACUGAAAUACACUUCUUUUCCCAAGGCUUUCA